AUGGAGUCGCUGAAACAGUCACUAACAUCUUUAGGUAGUGGCGGUAAAAACAAGCAUUCUUCUUCUUCUUCUGCUCCACCAGAGAAACAACCCAUAUUACUUCAGCAAGAUAACAAUGGUUCAGUGAAGAGAACAGAAGUUCUCAUAAAAAUCGACGGUGGUGGUGAAUCUGGUGAUGAUGAAAGCAGUAGCAGAGGAAACCAGAUUUUGAGAAGUUCAAGUUAUGAUUUCAAGAACGAUAAUACUGUCAGAGGUGGUAAUAAUGAGGGUACAAGUUUAUCAGCCAUAGCCAUCGAGGAAUUCAAUUUUAUACAAGAACAGCAGCAGCAACAAAAACAGUCACAGAGAUUAAGAGAUGAUCCACCAUUAAAACUGAUCGAUCAGUUCUUAGAUCUUCAGAAAGCUUCUGGUGAAGUUUCAUUAGAUAUGGAUUUAGAGAUGGAUGAACUUGUUAACGAGCAUAAAAACAAUACUAGCUUACCAAUUAUUGAAGAAAACCCAUAUAAACCACCACCACCAAAAACCUCAUUAUUCCCUACUGCUUCUCCUACAUUAAUCACCAAAACUGCUCCACAAGGCAUUCCUCAAUCGUCUGUUCCUCAACCAGUUAGGAGAAGAAGUAAAGCAGCAUCUGUGGAUGAUUACCAACUGAAUUUACAGCAAACAAAAAACAAUCAGAAUCGUGAUGGAGGUACUUCAAAUGAUUCUUUUAAUAGGAACUCAAAAUUUUCUUCCUAUAAGAAGAACUCAAAUUUUUUGAGGACUAAGACUAUGAAAUCAAGAUUAAUGGAUCCUCCACCAGAUAAGAGAUCAGGGACAGGGAGAGUACCAGCAAAAUCAGCGCAAUUAAGAUCUGGGUUUAUAGGUAAAUCAUCAAGACUAAUGGAAGAUGAUGAAGAAGAAGAUCCUUUUGCUGUAGAGGACAUCCCAGAUAAGUAUAAGAAAUCAAAGUUUUUUAGUCCUUUAGUUAUUCUCCAAUGGGUUAGUCUUAUGUUAAUCUUGGGUGCAUUAGUUUGUUCACUUACUAUUCAUGAACUUAGUAAGAGGAGACUGUGGGCGCUUCCUCUAUGGAAAUGGGAGAUAAUAGUAUUUGUUUUGAUUUGUGGGAGAUUGGUUUCUGGCUGGGGAAUUAGAAUUGUUGUUUUCUUCAUUGAGAGAAACUUUAUUUUAAGGAAAAGGGUUUUGUAUUUUGUUUAUGGGUUGAGAAAAGCUGUGCAGAAUUGUCUAUGGCUAGGUCUGGUUUUAUUAGCUUGGCAGUACUUGUUUGAUAAAAAAGUUGCUAGAGAUGUGAUCAAGGAUAAAACCAAUAUACCGGUUUACAUAACCAAGUUUUUGAUCCUUUUGUUAGUGGGUACAUUGUUAUGGCUAGUGAAGACUCUUCUGGUGAAGGUUUUGGCUUCAUCUUUUCAUGUAAGCACUUACUUUGAUCGAAUUCAAGAUUCAUUGUUUACCCAGUAUGUGAUUGAGACAUUAUCAUGUCCGCCGAUAAUUGAGAUUCAGCGUAACCAGGAAGAAGAAGAACAAGUAAUGGCUGAAGUGCAGAAUCUUCAGAAUGCGGGAGCUACUAUGCCAGCUGAUCUUAGGGAAACAGCUUUUCCACCAAUGAAGAGUGGGAAGGUUAUUGGAAGUGGGAGAAUUAAAAAUAGUUCUAAGUUUAAAAGUGGUAUUAGAGCCUCAGGAAAUAAUACUCCAAGUAAAAAAGAUGAGGGUAUUUCCAUUGAUGAAUUGCACAGAUUGAACCAGAAAAAUAUCUCUGCUUGGAAAAUGAAGCGGUUGAUGAAGAUAAUUCGUCAUGGCGUAAUAACUACACUUGAUGAGAAGAUUCAAGAUUCUUGUGAUUGUGAUGAGGAGGAGUCAGCAACGACAAUCAGAAGCGAAUUCGAAGCCAAGUCUGCAGCAAGGAAGAUAUUCAACAAUGUGGCUAAGCCCUAUUCCAAGUUUAUCCACCUCGAGGAUAUAAUGCGCUUCAUGAGAGAAGAGGAAGCCGAGAAGACUAUGAAUCAAUUUGAAGGAGCCACAGACACCAACAGAGUCAGCAGGAAAUCUCUGAAAAAAUGGGUGGUUAACGCUUUUAGGGAGAGAAGAGCCCUUGCCUUGACUCUCGAUGACACAAAAACGGUCGUAAACCAACUCCACAGCAUGGUGAAUGUUGUUGUGUGCUUCCUUAUAGGGAUUAUCGGGGUUCUCAUACUUGAGAUAGCAACCACCAAGUUUCUAGUCCUCAUCAGUUCUCAACUUCUUUUGGUGGCUUUCAUGUUUGGAAACACCUGCAAGAUGGUAUUCGAAGCUAUUAUCUUCUUGUUUGUGAUGCAUCCUUUUGAUGUUGGUGAUAGGUGUGAAGUUGAAGAUGUUCAGAUGGUUGUGGAAGAGAUGAACAUCCUUACUACUGUGUUUUUAAGAUAUGACAACCAAAAGAUUAUAUACCCAAACAGUGUUCUUGCCGCCAAGCCGAUCAGCAAUAUAUAUCGAAGUCCAGAUAUGGGUGAUUCAAUCGACUUCUGUGUCCACGUCUCAACUCCGGUGGAAAAGAUCUCUACCAUGAAAAAGCGACUGACAGCGUAUAUUGAAAACAAAAGAGAACAUUGGUACCCUUCACCAAUGAUUGUAGUGAGAGAUGUGGACGAUUUGAACAGGCUCAAAAUAUCAGUAUGGUUGACACACCGAAUGAACCAUCAAGACAUGGGGGAGAGGUACGUGAGAAGGGCUCUCGUAGUAGAAGAGAUGAUUAAAGUCCUCAGGGAACUAGACAUUGAGUACCGUAUGCUGCCUCUUGACGUUAAUGUCAGAAAUAUGCCUGGUUUUUCCUCCCAACGUCUUCCCUCGACUUGGACUGCUUGCAACAAUUUCUAAUCUUUGCUAGCUAAAUACGACGACUGUCGAGCUAUGAUUUCCUCCAAAGUAUCGGAGCUUAUCUUAUGUGUCCAUAUAUAUAAAAAAUCAUCAGUUGGCAUUUUAAUCAUUGAAUAGUGAUUUACAGUGAAUUAGCACCAGGAUGGGCUUGAAGUAUAUUGCUUUUGUAAAUCAAAGUACAGUACUUGAAUGUCACAUUAAUAAUGUAACAUCAUCCGGAGGCUAAAAGUUGUG